UUCGGGGGCGGCACAUAGAGAAAUUCCCAACGGAGGGCAUGCCUGCUGGGAGCCUGAUGAUCACCUGUGGGGUUUCUCCCAGGUCAAACCCCGCUGCCAUCCUGGGAUCCCGGCAGAGGGCACAGAGAUGAGAGUGGCCGUGGUGGGAGCAGGGGUCAGCGGGCUGGCAGCCACCAAGUGCUGCCUGGACGAGGGGCUGGAGCCCACGUGCUUCGAGCAGAGCCAGGACAUCGGGGGGCUCUGGCGCUACACGGAGCACAUCGAGGCCGGCCGGCCAAGCCUUUACCCAUCACUCAUCAGCAACACCUCCAAGGAGAUGUCUGCCUUCUCCGACUUCCCCUUCCCCGAGCACUUCCCGGUGUUCCUGCACAACGCCCUGCUCCUGGACUACCUGCGGCUCUACGCCGAGCGCUUCAACCUGCGGGAGCGCAUCAGCCUUGGGACCACCGUCGUCAGCAUCCGUAAGCGCCCCGACUUUGCCGCCACGGGCCAGUGGAAUGUGGUGACAGAGGCGGGUGGCAAGCAGACAUCAGGUGUCUUUGAUGCUGUCAUGGUCUGCAGUGGCAGUUUCUCGGAGCCAUCCCUCCCCCUGCACUGUUUCCCUGGCAUCGAGAGGUUCCGAGGGCAGUACUUCCACAGCCGGCACUACAAACAUCCCGACGUGUUCCAGGGCAAGCGUGUCCUCGUGGUGGGCAUGGGCAACUCAGGAGUGGACAUCGCAGUGGAGGCCAGUCGUGUGGCUGCAAAGGUGACCAUUAGCACCUCUCGAGGAUCCUGGCUGCUCAGCCGUGUGUUUGAGGGUGGCUACCCCUGGGAUAUGGUUUCAAUCACUCGCCUCAAGAGCCUGAUCAAAAACAGCCUCCCCAGAGCCCUUUCGUGGCGCUUGACUAAUUCCAAGGUGAACAAGAGGUUCAACCACACAAACUAUGGCCUUCAACCGGACAACAGCUGCCUGGUCCGCGAGGCCCUGGUGAACGACGACCUCCCGAGCUACAUCCUGACAGGCAGGAUCACCAUCAAGCCGGGCGUGAAGGAGUUCAAGGACAACUCAGUGCUGUUCCACAACUGCCCUGAGGAGGAGCCCGUUGAUAUUGUUGUUUUCUGCACGGGCUACGUCGUCUCCUUCCCCUUCCUAGAAGAAUCCAUCAUCAAGGUGGAAAACAAGCACGCGUCCCUCUACAAGCACGUGUUCCCAACCCACCUGCAGAAGCCCACCCUGGCUGUCCUGGGGCUGAUUAAGCCCUUAGGACCUGUCAUGCCCGUGGUAGAGAUGCAGGCACGCUGGGUGAGCCGUGUCUUCAAAGGCUUGUGUCACUUGCCUUCCCAAUCUGUCAUGGAGAACGAAGUAAAUGAGAACAAGAAAAACCAAGUCAAAUGGUUUGGUCUGACCUAUGAUGAAGUCCUCAAAACCGAGUCGUUGAUCUACCUGGACACGCUGGCCUCCCUCAUUGGUGCCAAGCCCAGCGUGCUGGAGCUGCUCUGCACAGACCCCAAGCUGGCCCUCACCAUCUUCUUUGGCCCCUGCUCCCCCUACCAGUACAGACUGGGGGGUCCUGGGCGCUGGGAGGGGGCACGACAGGCCAUCCUCACCCAGUGGGACCGUGUCUUAAAGCCCACAAGAACACGAGUCCCUGCUGGCUCCUCCAGCUCUUUCCCUUCCCUCCUGGUUAUGAUGGGAUUCCUUCUGCUCCUGGCUGCUGUGAUUUUUGGUUUCAAAUAGCUUUUAGAGUGGGUUUGUUUGGUUGCUUUUUUUUCCUUUUGUCCUGAGAGAUGUUGUCUCAGGUCAGAGAGCUCCUCAGUGUGCCACGGGACUGGGGAAAAGGAUUUCAGUGAGAUGGCAACAAACUUUAAUCUGCAACCUGCAGCAUAAACCUCCCUCUGCUCCAGCUCAAGCCCAAGCACAGCUUUGCAGACCUCAUUAGCCAAGGGUGGCAGCCUUGCCCAAGUGUCUGUUGCCCCUCUGCUCCCCUGCCUGCUGCCAGGAGCAGAGCAGGGAUUGGUGCCACAAUUGUGCCUGGAUCACACAAGACAGGCUGCAGUGAGGACAAUACCAGCGAAAAUGGGCACAGGAGCAAAAGUACCCAGGAAUUAUCUGAGCUGUGCACACAGGUCAGGCUGUCCCUUUCUCCAAGCCUAAAUACUGUGACCCUAAAAUCCCAGUUGGGGCUGAACUGGUGCAUCUUGGCAGUGCAGUGCUUGUGGUGCUUUGUCACACGUGAGCCUGUGGGGCUGAGCACUCCUGGCUUUGCUUCCCUGCAUGCCCCACCACUGGACAAUCCUGAGGCUUUGUUUUGUGCGUGGAGAGACUGUAGAUGAAUAAAAUCUCGGUGGCUGUGGCGGGAGUGUGCUGCA